AUGUCGCCCAUCAUACCUUUCAAGAUAGAUGUCCCAGACGCAUCUUUAGCGAACCUAAAGGAGAAGCUCCAGCUGGCUCGUUUUCCAGAAGGGGACCUUGAAGAAGCCGGUUGGGAUUACGGUGUUCCUUUAAAGCUAGUCAGAGAUUUAACCAAAUAUUGGAUUGAGGACUUUGAUUGGCGAGUCGAGGAAAAGAAACUCAAUAGUGUUCCUCAAUUCAAGACGGAGGUCAAAGUCGAAGGUUUUCAUCCUAUUGAUAUCCAUUUCGUGCAUCAAAAAAGCGAUAUUGAGGGUGCUAUACCACUACUGUUUCUGCAUGGCUGGCCAGGAAGUUUCGUGGAGGUGACGAAGAUACUACCAUUGUUGAAAGGGAACAACGGCAAGCAGGCUUUCCAUGUUGUGGCACCGAGUUUGCCGAAUUUUGGAUUUUCGGGUCGAGUCACGAAGAAAGGAUUUGGACUCGGUCAAUACGCAGAGGUCGUAAACAACCUUAUGCUAGCGCUUGGAUACGAUCAAUAUGUAACCCAAGGAGGUGAUUGGGGAGCUCUCAUAUCCCGUGUCAUUAGUGCCCGCUUCCCACAGCACAACAAAGCUUCACACAUCAAUGUUGCAAUCGCAAGCGAGCCGAAAUGGGAUGCAGACAACCCAAAACCCAAAUACACCGAGCGCGAGCUUACCACCCUGAAAAACAGUGAAGUAUGGCGCCGGGAUGGCAUUGGAUAUCUCGCACUACAGUCGACUAAGCCAGCUACCCUAGGCUUCUCUCUUGCGGACUCGCCGACUGGACUUUUAGCCUGGAUCUAUGAAAAGCUCGUCGCUUGGACUGACGAUUAUCCAUGGACUCCCGACGAGAUCCUGACUUGGAUCUCAAUCUACUACCACUCGACCGCCGGCCCGGCCGCCUCAAUCAACAUUUACUACGAAGCCAAUGCCGCUCACAACACGGAAUUCAACCUCCUCACCAUCCAAAAAUACGUCGACGUCCCGCUCGGCAUCGCUGAUUUCCCAAAGGAGGUUGCUAAUGCGCCGAAGAGCUGGAGGAAGGGGCUGGGUCCGGUGGUGGAGGAUGUGCAGUUUGAGAAGGGUGGGCAUUUUCCGGCUUGGGAGAGGCCGGAGGAUUUGGCGGGCUGUUCGGUGAGGAUGUUUGGGAGGGGUGGGGGUGCGGAGGGGGUGGUGGAGGUGUGA